AUGGCCUCCAGCAACUGCAACACCUCGCACACGAUCCCUCAGCAUUCGCGCUCAACGCCUCAAGAGCCUGCCAGUUCCCGGUUCUCAUUAGAGGAACUGGAAGAAAUCCUCAAGCACGUCCGCCAAAACUCAGCUACGGAUCUGCUGAACUGCUUGGUUACUUGCCAGGCAUGGUUGGACAUCGGCUAUCCCGUCCUCUGCCGCGACGUCGUCCUCACUAGCACCAACCUACAGCCCUUUGUCAACACCUUCGGUGUCCGUCAUGGGAAGCAUAUCCGGUCUCUUACCGUUCACAUCAGUGGCAGUACCGCGGGAUUCAGUAGCCCUACGGCCCCUUUCGGGCCACUGACUCUAUCUAGCUUUGCGGAUAUCGGGCGAUACACCCGUGACUUCGAGAGAUUAGCAGCGAUGCUUCCUCAUUUCGGCAAUCUGCAAACGUUCUCGACGCUAUGGGGUACUCUGAACACAGCGCGCCCAAUGCCGCGCUACUCACUGAAUGCGCUGGUACUGAACCUCCCAAUAUCGGUCAAAAAUCUCGAGAUCGACACCGCGGGCCACGACAGGUUCUACCAUCAUCCUACCGAACCACAGCACCUAUGUCUCUCUCUCCGGGGAGUUCUCCCCCAACUGCGAAACCUGCGGCUUCGAGUGAAGGAGCUUUGCCCCUGCCUAUUCGGCGGUUGUAACGAUUUCUCUGCCCCGAAUCUCGAGCGGCUGCUCAUCAACGUCGAGAUAUUUUCUUAUUACUCGGCCGCAGUGUGCCACCCAAAUCCGUACCCCGUUCAUGAGGCUUUUCCAAACACCGAGGCCCGCGGGGUGCUCCUUCCUCACCUCCAAUCGCUGCUGCGCUCAGGAGCCUUCCCGAAGAUCAAGGAACUUUUUGUUCUCGACCAACGUCGUCGUGCUGGGCUCGAUUGGCGAGAAUACAGUGCAGUCGUGGUGCGAGAUGUCUUGCGCGACAUGACCACCAGCCUUCCAUACCUCUCCGCGCCGGCCUUCUCAGAUGCCUGCAUGAUACGAGCACCAGAUGGCCGCGACCUCUGGGGCCCCGAGGCGGCGUCGCGCGAUUUCGCCGAAGGCGAGGCAGGCUGGAUCACCACAUCCAAAGGCUCCCGCUUCCCUGGUCAUGUAAAAUUUAUCCAUACGAAGCUCAACGACGGCUACAAGGUCCUGGAUCUGCCUUGGACUCGCGUAGAUAGCUUUGCGGAGCGCCAAACUAGUCCGCUCCGGAUAUGGGGCCUAUGGAAGCAAGAAUUACAAGUUGGCAUGCAACUUUUGGAGGUCCAGAUCAGGGACGGAGUGCUUGAGGACCUCGCGCAUCUCGAGAAACUACCAUCUGGCUGGCAAUAUGAUGAUACUAGAGAACUGGUCCCCUGGAUUCCUACAGGAGGGCAGCAACCGUGA